ACCUCAGGAGGCUUUUCCCGCCUUUCGGGAGGCGCUUAUUGAGCAACCGUUUCCCUCAGCUUCGGCAUUCGCCGUCGCUUUCCGCACCAUGAAGUGCGUUAUUGGCGGCGCCCAUAUUAAAGUGUUCGGGAGGGCUAUACAUGCCAUGGCACGGAUCAGUGAUGGCUUUUGGUUCGAUCCAAUUGAAAAAGGACUUUCCCUGAGGGCAGUGAAUUCCUCCAGAUCAGCCUAUGCCUGUGUCUUCUUUUCAUCUAUAUUCUUUCAACACUAUUCCUGCAGAAAUACACCUGAACGGAAUCAGCAUAAAAACCACAUACGUCUUAGAUGCAAGUUAGUAAUAAAGUCAGUCCUGCCACUGUUUCGGUGCUUGAAUACACUAGAAAGGAACGUAGAGAAAUGCACCAUUUAUACAGACUUUAAGGACUGCUGUAUUGUUUUUCAACUUUUCUGCAGACAUGGUGUUGUGAAAACUCACAACCUAGCUUUUCAAGAAUGUGAACCUUUGCAAGCCGUGUUUGCAAAACAUCUGUGUCCCAACGUCCUGAAGGCAAGGUCCAGGCAACUUUCUGAUAUAUUGAUUCAUUUUCCAAACUAUCAAGAAGAAGUAACUUUAUCUGUAACACCUGUGAAAGUGUGUUUCAAGACUUACACUGAAGAUGAAAUGGAUUUUGCUAUUGUAAUGCAUACAGAAAUACAUCUCAGUCCAGAAGAAUUUGAAUACUUUCAAGUUGGAGUAGACUCUGAAAUCACAUUUUGUCUUAAAGAGUUACGGGGACUAAUAGCUUUUGCAGAAGCUAUCCAUGUUCCAGUUGCUGUUCAUUUUGAUAUGCCUGGAAGGCCAGUUGUUUUCAGCCUUGAGGAUACAGUAGUUGAAGCCAGUUUUGUUUUGGCUACUUUAGCAGAUACUUCUGAAUCUCUGCAUCUUUCCCGGGGCCAGAGAAGGAGCCCUGCAUUGGAGAGCAGUAAUCAAGGCACCGUUUCCAACAGAAACCUGCAAGACCCAGAAACAACCAAGAAUCCAGCAGACAACUUUACCAUUACGGCAGAAGCUCAACCAUCUAGUCCUGGCUAUAGUAAGUUCUACUCCUUGUUCUUUGGAGCAAUUUCAUCCAGUGAGGAGGAUGUAACCAAUGCAUUGCAUACUUUGGCAACAGCAAGUGACACUGAAGAUUUUGGCAAUUGACAACUCUCUCCAGCAUUUUAGUGACGUAAAAUAUCUGCUAAAAGUCCUUGUCUAAAUAGUUGUGUGCUUAGUAUCCCAAUUUUUUGGCUUGAUUUGGAUGUUGGAUGCCAUUGUUUUAUGUUGAUAUUUAUGUUAACUUCUGGAAAAAUUAUUUUAUUUUCAACUUGUCACUAGUGUAACCUUUUCAAAGGUACUCAUAAUUCAGACAUAUCAGGUCACAUUCACUUCAGUCCUUAUUUUCUUGCCCUAUCUGCACUUACCUUAAUGUUUGAGGGAAUUCUUUUGUGACUGGGUAAGUGGUUGAAUGCUGAAAAUUCACAGAUCCAAUUCUUUCUCCCUCUUCUUUAAACGAAGUUUUAUAAAAUUAACUAUAGUAGAUGAAAUAAAUCUAGCCUAAGUGUAUUGCAAAA